AUGAUUCUAAUUAUACUACUUCCAUUUAUUAUAAUUUUUAUUUGUGGAUUUAAAAUGGUUUAUUAUGUUAAUUCACAUACUGGAUUUGAUCAAAAUAUGAAGAGAUUACUUAAACAAUUGACAAAAACUUUGAUAAUUUUGGCAAUUAUUCCAUUCAUUAACCAAUUUUUGGCUUUAUUAGUUAUAUUAUUUAAAUUCAACAAUGAACCUUCGAAUAAUGAGAAUAGCAAAAAUAUCAUUUGUAUAUUUCUUGUAAUGUUCACUCAUUUUACACCCGUUUUUAACCCAAUUUUUUGCAUAAUAACUAAUAAGCCAUACAGAGAAGCUGUUUUUAAUCGUUUAAAAAUACAUCCACAAUAA